CCGCCGCCGCCGCCGGCCCGCCUCUGCUCCUCCUUGGCGGGGAGGAGCCUCAAGAUGGCGGCGCCCCGGAGGGCAGCGUGACUCCCUCGGUUCCCGCGCGGCUUCGGCCCUCAGGGGAGCCGCGUCUCUCCACCCUCAGCACCAGGGCAAUGCACAUGAUUUUUGUUGAUGCCAGCAUGAUGCAAUAAGUCUGUCAGUGAACAGAAAACCAGUUUGGAUCAAAUUACGGUGUGGCGAAGAAAGAGGAAAGAUGGCAUCAAGAAGGAUCAGCUGACGGGGCAGAAAGGGCAUCAAAACUAGAUUAGCUGUUUUUGACUAAGAAGAUCAAACAAACUGUAAAGGAGGAAUGUAAAAAGCACUUAUGGGAACCUGCAGAACAAUAUGCUGCUUUUCUGGCUGCUGGCUGCACCAAACGAGUUAUUUUCUGCUUGGCAAUUAGUGAAGCAGCAGCAUCCCUAAAAGAAACAGAUGAACAUAUUCCGGCUGAGGGAACAAAACAUGCCAGCAUCCUUGAGAAAACUUCAUCAAAUGGCUCUUUAUCUGGCGGUUGUGUCUGGUGGAGGAAGUGCUCUUAUGUAUUACUACAUACAAAAGAAUUUUGCCAGAACACAGUACUAUCAGCAGGCUCUUGAGCAGCUUCAUAAAGACUCAGCCGCCCUGGAGGCACUUGGUGCUCCUCCUCUUGAAGUACAUUACAUCAGGCUGACUGACAAGACCAACUGUGUUGACAUGUCAAGAGCUCAGUUAAGGAUACCAGUAUCUGGAACAAAGUCAGCUGGUUAUCUUCAUGUCUGUUCAGAGAAGGACUUCACCCUUAACAGCUGGCGUCUGCAAGAAGUCACACUGCAGCUCCGUAAUGGCCAAAGUGUUCCAGUCUACCUAUCGUCACAGAAGGAUGCUUCUCAGCAGGAGAUGUAAAAAUUGGGAGCCAAAAGGCUUGGUCUGGACAUCCACAAGGGUCUGCUCUUAUGUAGAAGGAUAUUCUACCACAUAGGGCAUACCCAAAGCUUUUAGCUUUCAACAUCCUUUUGAAAAAAAGCUAUCCUCUGCAAAAAAUAUUGGGUGGCUUCCUGUAGCAACAGGUUUCUUCAACUUUAUCAAGGUAGCAUAGUAGGGGGUUUCCCUGUGCACAACCAGUUCUGGCCUUUUAGGUUCUGGUUACAUAAUAAAAGCCUUUUGAUCACAGGACAGAAUAAGACUCAUAUCUGUUCUGGAGGCUGCUGUGCAUUUAACAGAUGAGUUAUACACCUUUGGCUCUCCAGGUGUUACAGAACAUUCAAUUCUCAUCACCCCUGGCCAUUAGGCCAUGCUUUCUGGGUUUGGAAGACCAAAAGCUCCCCACACUUGCUUUAUAAGUAACAUUAAGGACAGUAUAGCACCAUCCCAUACAAAUGGCCCCUGGAAGCAAAGCCUAACUCAAAAAAAUAAGCUAGCUGAUUUGUUGCCAACAUAUUGCUACUUCAAGAGUGCAUGCCACCUUAAUCCUACACUAAUUCACAAAGCACAUGCUAUUUCAUAAAGUACAUGCCACUAUCCCUUUACUGUUAGAAAAAAAGCUGCCAACAAAAGAUGCUGCCUUGGGGGGGGGGAGUUUAAAAGUUUCACAAAGGUGAACUCAUUUAUUAACCACCUUAAUAUUUGAAUAUAUUACAGAGUGUGAACAAUUAAAGAUGUCACAUACAUUUUCCAAAUGACUAGAUAUUGCUCUCAUUGUUAAUUAGACUGAUGUUUAAGGAAUGGAUGGCAAGUGGACAUUUCACUGUCAUUCAUCUACUUCCAUUAGCAGCACUUUUCAAUUGUGUUAUUCCUUGCAUCAUGAGCUGAUUAAGCCCAAUGGUCACAGAAUAAUUUCUAGCUACAAAGAGAAGGCAGUGCUAGUGUAGAGCAAAUAAACUGAUUCAGCUGUUGAAUAUUCAAUAUGCUAACAGAAUUUAAAAUAACAUGCUGAAGUCAGGGAAACAAGUUGAAUUCUAGCCAGUUCAAGGAAAGAAAUGCAGCUUUUAUCUGAAUUCCUACUGGUGUGUUGACAGAAGAAAAGCAAUUACGACAAAGUAACCCUCUUCUGAUAUAGCACCACACUAAUGAAAACAGUUUUCUCUAUUGACUUGUGGCAGCAGUUGCAAUCCUCAACCUGUUUCACAGUUGUUCUGGACUACUCUCAGACUUCAACUGAACUUCAUGGAAAAUAAAGGGCUGUCUCCUA